ACGGCUCUCACGGAUAACGGAGACAUUAGUACAGCUCCUCCCGGCUCCCUCCGCUUCCUCUGCUGUCCGGCCGGAGGACGGAGAACCCGUCCCCCCGAGAGCACUAGACUGUCAUCGUGGAUUCUCUUGUUUUUUGAGACUGCCUGUGUUUUGAACUUUUUUUUGCUCCUUGCAAGCUCGUGACGCCGUCUCCUUCCUCUCCUUCCUCUGUCCCGAGACCGAGAGAAAUGGCAGAGAAGCGGCGGUCCCCGUGCGCGAUGAGCGUCAAGGCUCAUGCCUUCUCGGUAGAGGCGUUGAUAGGAGCGGAGAAGAGACGCAAGACGGCCGGAGGAGAUGCUGUGUCCCCCGGGUACGAGGACGGAACUGAUGUAUCUGAUCUACCCGGGAGCCCGGGGCCGCGGGCCGACAGAGCGUGCACCAGCGACCGGGGCAGCGAGGCUGAAUGUGCAAGUGACGGAUCCCCGGAGAGCGAGGACGCGCUGCUGGAGAGCCCGCAGCCCGCAGCUCUCUGCCCGGCUCCGGUAAACGGUACCGGAGAGGAGGCCCGCGUGGACCUACAGGGAUCAGACCUGUGGAAACGCUUCCACGAGAUUGGCACGGAAAUGAUUAUCACCAAGGCUGGACGGCGGAUGUUCCCCGCUAUGCGAGUGAAGAUCACGGGCUUGGACCCACACCAGCAGUAUUACAUUGCUAUGGAUAUAAUCCCCGUGGACAACAAACGAUACAGGUACGUGUACCACAGCUCCAAGUGGAUGGUAGCGGGGAACGCGGACUCCCCUGUGCCGCCCAGAGUGUACAUUCAUCCGGACUCGCCGGCGUCAGGAGAGACGUGGAUGCGUCAGGUGGUCAGCUUCGACAAACUGAAACUGACCAACAACGAGCUCGACGACCAGGGACAUAUCAUUCUGCACUCCAUGCACAAGUACCAGCCUCGCGUCCAUGUGAUCCGGAAGGAGUGUGGAGAGGAGCUAUCCCCAGUGAGAGCCAUCCCUGCUGGGGAAGGCACUCGUACCUUCUCCUUCCCUGAGACUGUGUUCACCACUGUCACAGCGUACCAGAAUCAACAGAUUACAAGGCUGAAAAUUGACAGAAACCCAUUUGCCAAAGGCUUCAGAGAUUCUGGCAGAAACCGGAUGGGUCUGGAGGCUUUGGUUGAGUCUUAUGCAUUCUGGCGUCCAUCUCUGCGCACACUUACAUUUGAGGACAUCCCUGGCAUGGCCAAGCAAGGAGUCCCAGGAGCUCAUGGAGGGGUCGGAGCAUCAUCUCACCUGCUCUCCACAUCCCCAUGCUCCUCACCUUUCCAGGUUUGCCCUCUCAGCCCGCCUGACUACGCAUGCAGUCGACCGACACACCCCCUCCAUCGUUACAGCAACCCCCCAGAGCCAUUCCCCCCUCCCAGAGGUCCAUCGGCGUAUGACGGUGAAGGAUUCUGUUCCCUGCCUCUCCCUGCUUCUCAGCUUGGCUAUCUAUCCAACCCCACCCCGCAGGGUUACGCCGGUCUGCGCCUCCACACCCCGCCCUACAGCCUGUACGGUUACACAUUCCCCCCCUCACCACGCCUCGCUGCCAGCCCUGAUAAAAUGGCCGCCGCUGCCACUGCCAAUCAUCAGAGUGCCUUCCUUGGCUCGUCUCCUAGUGGGACUCUAACGGACAGUCUGGGUGUGCUCAGUGGAGGACAGCAGGGCUUCUUGUUUGACUCUCGGACUUUGGGACUGGCAGGUACCCAGCCGGGAGGUGGGGCCUCACAGGUCACUGCCCACAUGGGCUGAAUUUGAUUCUGGACGUCUAGGGUUGUCACGAACACAAAAUGACACCCUGGAAUGGGUGUAAGUUGCUUUUGGUUCAGAGAGUUCUUCAAAUUAAUCAUCAGCUGAACUGUGGACAAACAGAAGAGUGACAGAUCAAGCCAUUGCUUCUGUGAGCACAUGAACUUGUCAAAGCUCCUUUACCUGAAGGGAAUACUUCUUGUCUUUUAAGCAUGUUGUCUACAACAUGCACGUGCAGCUGCAGUGGUCAAUAAAGGGAGAAAUGUCCUGCGGCUUUGAUUAAGGAGUCCAAGCGACGCAGCCCAGUGACUGAACUGGAACUGAAUAUGGAUUGGGCAGACACAGGGCUGGCCCAGGCACUCAAAGCAAGCACUUCAACCCCUGGCAGGAGGCCAUGAAGCAGUAACUAUUAUACUCACACAGCAUUCAGCAUGGCCUCUAUGAUCUUGCCUACUUUGAAUGGAGUUACCGAACACUACUUUUAAACUUUCUUUUUAAAAAGGGAUAUAUUGACUAAAUUCCUUUUGUCAAUUAAAUUCUCUCAUUACAUGCCUGGUGGUGUUCAAGUCUCGAUCAAGUCUUUGGAUUAAGAAAUAUGCAGCUAAUGUCCACUUAGUACUAUGCACUACAGGCAGGGCCUUUUCACCGUCAAGACUGAAAACAAAACAAAAGCUUUUGUACACAACAACAGGAGCCUGUAACAUAUUAACACGAUGACAUCAUGGCCACAAGAAAUGAAGGGAGAUAUCCUGGUGACAGCUGUGGACUGACGAGGUCAAAGCUGUGGGAGAGUGACGGAUGAUGGACUGAUCUACAUCCUCUAUGUCUGGUUUGACAGAUGUUUACUCGAUGCUGUUUGAACGUCAGACGAAAGAACGUCUUUCCUUGUGUGACACAGAUGUAACUGCACAUGAUGGC